CGGAGCCGCUCGGAGCGAGAGCUCGGAAAGCGGCUCGCGUGACGCAGCGUCUGCGCGGCUCGGCUCAUUCACUCUGUGCUCAUUAACGGGCUCGCGAGGAAACCAGUGUCUGAGGAGCCCCCUGGCUGCCUGGAUUACCGUGCGUCUCCCUCCCUCCCUCUCUCCCUCCUCUCUCGCUCUAUCUCUCCCCCCUCUCUCUCUUUGGGCACUUCCAUCCAUCCCGACCGAGCCUGAAAGCGUUCGCUCUCUCCCCGGCUUACCUCUGCACAAUAACAGUGGGCAUGCAACGCGGCGACCGUCACAAACACUCGCCAAAAGCAUGGAAAAGCUGCCUACGCGUCUACAAAUGCACUUUAUACCUAUUCGUCUUUAGUCUGGAACUAAGGACAGUGGUCUCAGAGGCGAAGGACCCGGAUGUGUUUGCCUUCUAUCACGAAGGGGCGCAGGCCUGCCUGGGCGUACACGACGGCGUCCUGCGCACAUCGGCAUCCUGCAGUGAACUGGCGCAGCAAUGGAAGUGGGUGUCGCGCGGGCGCCUCUAUAAUCUGGGUGGCACAGCAUGCCUGGGCCAGGCCACCGGCGAGGGCGUCACCACCUCUCUGGGCAUGUACUCGUGCGACCGCGAGCCACCCCGCGUCCGUCUGGGCUGGCACUGCAAGCUGGUGCUGGAGAGCCUCAGUCUGUACAUGCCCUCCGGCCAAGCCCCCAACGCCAAUGCCUCACAGGAUGCUUCAAGGUGGGAGUCGCCCGAGGGGCAGCGCUGGAAGUUGUACAAGUCAGAGGGGGAUUUGUGCUCCAAGACGUACCGCGAAAUAUACACCAUCCAGGGCAAUUCCCACGGGCGUCCCUGCAACCUGCCUUUCCUGUACGACGGGCAGUGGUUCCACGGCUGCACCAGCGUCGGCCGCGAGGACGGACACCUGUGGUGUGCCACCACCUAUGACUACUCCAAGGACGAGCGCUGGGGCUUCUGUCCAAUCAACAGUGAAGACUGUGAGACUUUCUGGGACAUCGACCCGGUGACCAAAAACUGCUACCAGUUUAAUUUCCAGUCGGUCCUGUCCUGGAACGAGGCCCGUGCCAGCUGCCGGCAGCAGAAGGCAGACCUGCUCAGCAUCACAGAGGUUCACGAGCAGAGCUACGUCAGCGGUUUACUGACGAGCUACAGCGCCUCCCUGUGGAUCGGUCUAAAUGACUUGGACAUCAACGGGGGCUGGCAGUGGGCAGAUUCUGGGCCAUUCAAGUACCUCAACUGGGAGCCUGACCAGCCGAGCCACGAGGGGGAGGAGAACUGCGUGGUGAUCCGGACGGAGUCGUUGGGCCGCUGGCAGACACGCGACUGCUCAGUGGCCCUGCCCUACAUCUGCAAAAAGAAGGAGCUGACCGGCUACGAGGACGUCUGGAAGUAUGAGUGGAUGCACAGCCUGGCCGAGGGUUGCACCUUUGGCUGGAUGGAAUUCCACAGCUCGUGCUACAGGCUGAACCCGCGCCGGCUGACCUGGGGCGAAGCCCUGAAGACUUGUAAGAAGUUGUCAGGAAACCUGGUCAGCAUCCACACCUUGGAGGAGCUGGAGUUCAUCGUCCACAACCUGAAGAAAGACCUGGAGGAGCUGUGGAUCGGAUUACACGACAUGCACAUGCAGAUGAACUUCGAGUGGUCUGACUAUUCGCCUGUCAGGUUCACCUACUGGCACCCGUUUGAGCCCAACAACUUCCGGAACACCCAGGAGGACUGUGUGACCAUGUGGGGGCCGGAAGGCCGGUGGAAUGACAGCCCUUGCAAUCUCACCCUGCCCUCCAUCUGCAUGAAGGGUCGCACGUACGAUGCGUCCGAAGUCCUCGAUGAAAAUCUGGAAGACGUGAUAGACCACAACUGCAAAGAGGGCUGGCACUGGUACCGUCCAUUCUGCUACAUAGUGAUGGAUGAGCUGGUGACCUUCGAUGAAGCUCGGAAGGCCUGCAUAAAGCAGGAGGCCAUUCUGGUUCCCGUGACCACAAGCUUUCAGCAGGCCUUCCUCAACCGGCUGAUGCCGAGAACCACGACCUACUACUGGGUCUCGCUGCAGGACCAGAACGGCACCAACAGCUUCCGCUGGCUCAGCGGUGACGAGGUCUCCUACACCAACUGGCACGUGGAUGAGCCAGACUACAGUAAGGGCGGCUGCGUCGCUAUGUCAACCGCCGCCAGUCUGGGCAAGUGGCAGGUGAUGAACUGCAACUCGACCCAGGCCAAGUACGUCUGUCGCAUGAGCCUGGACUCGCCGCUGAGCCCGGAACCCACGGCCCCCCAUCCCACACCCAGCCUUACUGGGACCUGUCCUCAGGGCUGGAAGACCAGCAACACCAUGCACCACUGUUACAAGGUGUUCCACUUCCCCCAGCUGGAGCAGAGACUCAGCUGGCUGCAAGCUCACCUGUUCUGCCGGAAGCAAAGCGCACAGCUGGUCAGCGUCGGUGGCGUCAACGAGGAGCAGUUUAUCUCCCAGGUGCUGCACGAGACCUUCGGGGAAUCCGAGGACCACGAGCAACAUUGGCUGUGGCUUGGGCUGAACCGCCGGAACCCAGAAGACGGCGGCAGCUGGAAGUGGAGUGACGGGUUGGGGUAUGCUUACCACAACUUUGGCAUGCAUGACUUAUAUGAGGGAAACAUGCACGACUGCGCCAUGAUCGACCUGGGUUCCAUGCAGUGGAUGACGAUGCAGUGCGAGUCGCAGCUGGACUGGAUCUGCAAGAUGCCUAAAGGAACCGUUGUCAAGGAGCCGGAGGAAGAGACCAGCCUGAAGCAGUGGGUGCAGUUUCAGGAGGCAGAGUACAAGUUCUUCGACCACCGCUCCACCUGGUUCCAGGCCCUGCGGAUCUGCUCCUGGCUGGACGCCUCUCUGGCUUCCGUGCACACGCCAGAGGAGCAGGCCUUCCUCACGCAGACGCUGCGCAAGAUGUCCAAGGUUGAGGGACAGCACUGGUGGAUGGGGCUUCACACCUACGAGAACGAUGGCCGCUUCCGUUGGUCCGACCACUCGGUGCUCAACUACGUCUCCUGGGCCCCCGGGAGACCGCGGCCCGUCAGCCGCGAUCGCAAAUGCGUCUACAUCACCUCUAGUAAAGACGAAUGGGGAGACCAGAAAUGCACCACAGACCUGCCCUACAUCUGCAAGAGAGUGAAUGUCACCGGUAUUCCUCCACCCACCCCGCAUUCACCUGCCCUAACCGGCGGCUGUCCAGGCGGAUGGGCUCCCCUAUUCGGGAAGUGUUUCAAGGUGUUUGGGCACCGGGAUUCCCAGCGGGUGACGUGGGCAGGCGCCAAGGCGCAGUGCGAAGCCCAGGCCGGCAGUUUGGCGGUGCUGUCCGACCACGUGGAGCAAGCUUUCCUGACCACUCUGCUGCCCAACGUCAGCUUCAGCCUCUGGGUCGGCCUCUCAGACAUCGACGUGCGCUUCCAGUGGCAUGACGGCACCCCACUGAGCUUCACCAACUGGGCCCCCGGGGAGCCUGUGGCCCACCGAGACCCACUGCUCACUAAGACCCGGGUGAACUGCGUGGCCGUGCUGCACGGAAACCCGGACAAGAUGACGGGCAUGUGGGCGUCCCGGGGAUGUGAGGCGGAGAAGCACGGCUACGUGUGCCAGAGACGGAAAGACCCCACGUUGCCCGCGUCGCCUGACAGCCUGCCGGAUUUGACUGCGCCGCUACAGUUCAGGGACCAGUCUUACCAGAUACUGAACCAGCGCUACGACUGGGCGGGGGCGCUGCACACGUGCAACUCCCGGAAUGCCAGCCUGGCCACAAUAUACGACCCCUACCAAGCGGCCUACCUCACCAUGAUUAUGGGCAUCCUGGAGCGGCCCGCCUGGAUCGGCCUGUACAACAACGGGAGACGGAGCUUCACCUGGUUGGGCGCGGACUCCUUGACUUACACUGAUUGGUGGGAUGGGGAGCCCAGUACCAUAGUAGGGUGUGGUCAUGUGACCACCAUGGGCCGGUGGGCUGUAGUGCCUUGUAGCACAAAGAUGUACGCCAUCUGUCAGUUCAACACAGGACCGCCGCGUGACCACGAGUGGAGUUACUCAGGACAUUGUCCGCAGGCGCUCGGAAAUUGGGACUGGGUAGCUUUCCGCAACAACUGUUACUCCUUCAACCUGGAGAGGCUCAUGAUGCACCAGGAGGCCCAUGACACGUGCAGAAAGGUGGGCGCUCAGAUGCUCUCCAUCCUGGACGAGACGGAGAACAGCUUUGUGUGGGAGCACAUCCAGGCUUACCAGGAGCAGGCCAGCGGAGCUUGGCUGGGCAUCAGCGUCAACACCAAGGGAGGCGGACUGCUGUGGCCAGAGAGCUCUGUGGUGCAGUUUACUAACUGGGAGGUGCAGGAGGCCAACCUGAGCAUGCUGUCUGUCAAGAGCUGCUUCUGGAUCCAGAGCAACACAGGCCUGUGGAAGCCGGGCUCCUGCAAGAACCGUACCUACGGCAUGAUCUGCAAGAGGCAACGAGGUGCUGAUUUUACAGACUUUCUGUCGGAUUCUGGGCACCUCCCCACGCUGGUGCUGGUCCUGGUGACGGCCCUGGUGCUGGUGCUGCUGCUGGCGAUCGCCGGCUACUUGUACCGCCAGCGGGCGGCCAUCUCCCGCGGCUCCUACGAGGGGGCGCGCUACAGCCGCACCAGCACCAGCCCGGCGGGGCAGGCCGAGAAGAACAUCCUGGUGUCCGACAUGGAACUAAACGAGCAGCCGGAGUAGCGACGGGAAGCGCGGGCGGCCCGGAGGCGCGGCGCUGAUGGACGGAUAGCCGCCUCACGCCUGGUUGUUCCCUCCCCCCUCCCCCUCCCUGCAUUUUUAAAAUUUUGAAACGCUGGAGAUGCUGCAGGGCUGUGCUGAGCGCAGCAGACCCCAGACACAAGCAACCCACCCCUCCCUCGACCAGUGCUGUGCCCCACUCUUGGGAGAGACUCUCCCCAAGCCGGACCGGACCGGACCGGACCUCCUCAGCGACCCACUCUGACAUUCCAUUUUAACGUAUCACGGUGUAUCCACACCUGCACGGGAUACACUGUGCUCUGCAGACACUGCACGGUUUCUCUGCCUUUACGCUUUUCACUUUCGUCCUAUCCAGAAUGCACACGUGCUACAGAACAUCUCAGUUUUUCUCCCCCCACCCAGUGUUACCGUUUCGCUGUAUUUGCAUUUUUAAUUCCACUUCUUGUUCGGAGCCUUGCCCUCAUAGUGGUACCUCUGGGGCAAAAGGUAGAGACUAAAGCCAGGAGCCUGAGGAGCUGCGACUCCCAGAGGUUCCUCGCCUAGUAAGCCGUGGACGAACAGAUCACCCUCGAGACCAAAGUUCCCCAACCGUGACACAAUAUGCUGAGUUCUCCAGUGGAAGUUUUUGUUUUUUUUUGUACCCUCACUCAGUUAUUGUGUAUAUGUUUGCUUUUUUAGUUUUAAUAGUCAAAUAGUCGUGAAAUUCCAAGUUUGGAGUCCAGGCUGUUUGGGCUCGAGUUCUUAAGGCGGCAAAGUGGAGGCGCAGGAGUGUAAGUCUGACUCCAGAGCCCUUGAAACAGGAGUAAAGAGCCAGAGAUACUUUAUUAAUGUGUCCGUGUCCCUCUAUCAGCAUGUUGCGUGAGAUGAGUAUAGUGGCCAUACGAUUUCAAUAGUGCAUUUCUUUUCAUUUUUGAAUAUGUACCAUUAAAUCUCCACCCAGGAUGUUUUUUUUUAACUGCGUCUUGCAUUUAAGGCUAAUUUUGCUCCCCUGUUGUUUUCGUAUAAACCGAUUCUUGUUCAACAGUAUCAUGGUGUCCCUGCUGGCUGUUGGUGUCCUGAAUAGUGAAGCCGGAAGGGGGUGGACAAAGUGUUCUGAUUGGUGGACCGAGACUGUCCGUCAAGCGAAAGCUGCCCAACGGAAACUCUCGAUUCAGUUAACUUGUCGCCAGUCUGUAAUUAUCCAGCUGAAUCGCAGCUUCUGUAAUCGUUGCUGUAAGCUGCAAGGGCCUGUUAUGGGGAAAACGUUUAUCUGCUAAAUCAAAUGUAAAAUGGCUCCCUGCAUCAAAAAAAACUUUGCGUCUUUCUGUUCUAUGUGUACAUUGCUGUGCUAGUGAUCAUUGAACCCAAAGCUUGUAACAGAAUACAGUCAUUAAGCAUUUCUAAAGAAUAAUUGCUUCAGUAUGACCUACUUAGGACUAUGAAGUGCUGCAAAGGGGCGUGGUUUAUCAGAGAGAAACAGAAAAGAAGCUUUUGUUAUUCUUUGUCUUAUUUUCACCCUUCCCCCCCCCCAACACACAUCAGUGUUGAAUAUGGCUAUCACCACGCAGAGUCUAUAGAGUAUUUUUGAAGAAUAACAGUGUUAGAGUGUGACAUAAUCGCUCAGCUUAUUGAUCCAAGAUGGAGGAACGUGGACUGUUUGUAAAUGUUUGAUUACUAGCUGUGAAUGUUUUUGGCACUGAAAAGAGUUGUGGGGUAUUCUAGGAAUCGGCAGUGAAAUGAGACGUGAGGGAAAACAGAUGGCAGGAAAUGGAAGGACAGUAAAGCGCAAAAAACACGUGAAGAUCGUAGGAGUGAAUCUAACUCGACCCCGCCCUCUGGUGGACGUAUGGGGAAUAACUCCCAGAAGGCAAUUCUUUGCCGAAGUUGAAGCUCUGGGGGGUCUGGAGAAGGUGAUUUCGGGUCAGACUUUGAGAGGAGCGGCCGCCACAUUUAAAUCCCUGUGAAGCCAAUUUCACAUAAGCACCUGUUUGUAUGUUUGUCUUUUUUUUGUAUAUGAAAUUAAUAAAGUAUAUGUUGGCUUUAUAAAAA